AUGAGUUCUGCUUCCAAUGCGGCGGCGCUUGGCAUGGAGGAUGUACUCGUGGGUGCGGGCUCUAUCCACAGGAGGGGCAAAACCGUGUCCCGGUGCGCGAGCGAGACGGGAGAUAUCAUCAGGGGCAGAACCCGGACGACUUUCCCGCGAUUGUGCGGCAGGAGGGUGUGCCUCAGCCUGAGCCUCUACCUCAACCACUACCGCUACCGGGACCGGAACCAGUACCGCAAGAGCAGCCGAUGCAACUGCCACAAGCCGGCUUGUUUCGUCCACAAGCGGAUGAUGGUUUGUGGGAACCUAUACCCCCAGCCCGAGAAUCGAAACUGGAGAGCCGACCCCAGAGCUCAUCGUCGUAGACCCCAGGAGGGCGCGCGUGCGUGGCCCAUUUUCGAGAUCCACCCCGAGGACCCCCAGUGCAACCACCACCUCCCCACGUCAUGGGAAGUCGAGAAUAUGAACAACCGGCCGAUGCCGCCGCAGUGCAUCUUCUGCAGGUCGCGGGACGGGGCUGUCUAUUUCCGGUGCCAGGCUGGCUCCGACAUGCUCUCGGGCUCUGGUAAGUCCGACUCCUCAAUGGAGAACGGGGAGCUGCUGGCGCCGGUUAUUGGAUUCAAUAUUUCUGCCAAAGUGGGUGGCAGGGCUGGUCUCCUGAGGAGGUGA